AUGUCUGUAGCACCUGCGAACCGAGGUCUAGUAGCUUUAUUUAAAAGAGGUUGGAAUGAAAUCCCAGAAAUUAUUGGUAGCUCCUUCAUGGGGCUGAUAGGAAUUGGAAUGACAGGUUAUGGCCUUUAUAUCUACUAUGCAAAGGAUGGUGACAAUAGAAGAUACAAAGACCGUUACACAGUCUACAGACACGACGACCCAAGAGUGGAGAAGAUAAAAGAUUAA